CGCGCACUCCUCGGAGCUGGGAGGGAGCUAGCGCCUGCUAUCUGGGAGAGCACCGGGCUAAGCUAGUAGAGGCCGCCCAGAGGACGAUGAGCUGGCCAGGGCCGGGGGCCAGGGGCCCCGUGAGCUUCGCCGAUGUGGCCGUGUACUUCUCCCCAGAGGAGUGGGGACGGCUGCGCCCCGCGCAGAGGGCCUUGUACAGGGACGUCAUGCGGGAGACCUACGGCCACCUGGGCGCGCUGGGAUUCCCAGGCCCCAAACCUGCUCUCAUCUCCUGGAUGGAACAAGAAACCGAGGCCUGGGGUCCGGCCGCCCAGGAUCCGGAGGAGUGGGGGGGAGAUGUGAGGACAGCUUGCAGAGCAGGAAACUGGAACAUAAACAAGGAGAAGUGGAAGAGAGAAGAGCCCCAAGCCAGGGACCCUUUGGACAUGCACAUGAGAGGCCAACUACUUGAACCUGGCAUCAAACUCAACACACAUCACUCAGCACUCAACAAAGACUCAACACACAAUGGAUCCUUGGAACCACCAUCCAAGGCUGACUUCAACAAGACUUUGCCUCAGCCCCCUAUCCCAAAACCCAACUUGGACACUCAGGCUAGCCAGCGGCGCCAUGCGUGUCCUGAUUGUGGACGCCGCUUCACCUAUCCCUCCCUGCUGGUCAGUCACAGGCGAAUGCACUCUGGUGAACGGCCCUUUCCUUGUCCUGAGUGUGGAAUGCGCUUCAAGCGGAAGUUUGCUGUUGAAGCCCAUCAGUGGAUCCAUCGAUCUUGCUCUGGGGGACGGAGGGGUCGUCGGCCUGGGAUACGGGCUGUGCCACUUGCCCCUGUUCGGGGUGACCGUGACCCUCCUGUGCUAUUCCGGCACUACCCAGACAUCUUUGAGGAGUGUGGAUGACCUACUUCACUGGGGAUGGGGGAGAAGUGAUUGGAGAGGAGCUGAAGGUCUAAGCGUGGUCAAAGUGCUAGAGGUAGGCUCUGAAGGGCAUGGAAGGGAGUAACCAAGUGAGACUUGGGACCUAAACCAGUUCCUCAUGCCUCCUUUGGGGCAUAAUUCCAUAUUUGUUUAGAAGGGGGGAGAAAUGUACCUGUAAAAAAAUCCAAAUUAAACUUUGUAAAAAAUUCAUUCAUACAAAUAGAAGUUAUGAAAUAGCUUAAAUUUUAAUGAAGCCAUACAGUAACUAUAGUACAGUCUAGUCCAGCCUGCUGUUCAUCUCCUCUUUAAGUAUCCACUAUAUGAACAAAGUCAUUGGCAGCACUGAGAAAACAUACACAAUGAAAUGAGGAAGCAUGAGGAGGAACUGGGGCUGGGAAAGAUGAGCCAUAGCUGGGUGGUCAGGUUAAGGGUUAGAUACAGUAGUCAAAAGGUUCUGAGUAAAGGCCCAGAAAAGUGGUUACGGCAACACUAGAGGUCCAGGACCAAAUGAACAGUCCAGUGUUGGCAUAAUUCAGAUAACAAACAUCAGAGCAGACAAUAGUUCUGGAAUCAGGGAUAAAUUUUGGGAAGUAAGGAUUAGCAAGCUAUCAAGGGGUUUCGGUUAGAGAAGGCUUGGGGUGGUGAAGAAUUGGGAGACUGAAACAACAUAUAAUGGGACAACAGCUUCAAGUAGGGCAUCAAGAGCAAACACUUGUAAAGGUAGGUUGGGGCGAACUAUGGCCCAGCCACAUGUUUGGAAUUUAGUGAUAUUGGAAUGAUAAUUUUGUUUCUGUGCACAGGAUACACUGAACAAUGUAAAGACCAGUCACAUCAAGACCAGUUAGGACAGUAUACUAGUGGUUCAGGUGAUUGGUAAUGAUGACAUUGCCUAGCCUAGUGGAAAUUCAGUUAUAAGGAACAAAUGGAAAAACCACAAUAGAAGAAUUGGUAGCUAUGGCUUUCCAACUGUUUGGCUGGUGUGGGAUAGGACAUGAAAGACAGGAGUCAAAGAUGACGCAGUUUCAAGACAGUUUCAAGCUUGAAUGUUUAAGAGUGAUAGUACCAUUGACAGCAAAAGGAAAGUCAUGUUGAGGACAUGGUUUGGAGAGCACAGGGGAGUGGAAGACUUCUGAUUCAACUGUGUUGAGUGUCUAAGGUGCCCACUGGACCAAGGAGGAAAUUAUCAACUGCGAGAGUUGUCAAAGAUAAGACUUUGGGACUUAAGAUUAGGCCUAGAGAUAAAGAUUUGAAAGUCAUCAACAUAAAAGUAAUAGAUAUAGGAAUGGACAUGAUCAUGAAGGGGAAGUAUGAAGGGGAAAAAAAAGGCAAGAUCAAAGCUUUGGCAAAUGCCUGUAUUUAUGGGGCAGGAAAGGAAAAGAGUGCAAAAGAGAACAGUGAGAGAGGAAGCAAGCCUUGCAAGUCUUGGAAUCCAUGGGAAGAGUGUUAGAAAGAAGGAGAUGGUCAACAGAGUCAUACUGCACAGUGGUAAAAGAGGAUGAGGACUGAGAAAAGGCCAUUGGUUUUAAUUAUUAGUACACUUCAGAAAAGUGGUGGGAAUAAAAACCAGAUUUAAAGUGGACACGAGAGAGGCCCUGAGCUGAAAUACAAAGUUCGUGUUAGAGAAUGAUAAACUAGUAUCAGGAUUAGAAGGGAUCUUAGAGAUCCUCUUGUUCAAACCUAUGAUCUUAUAACUUAGAAGACUGAGUUUUAGAGAGGUUAUCUGACUUCCCCAAGUUAACAGAAAGGCAAAACCAAACCAGAAUUCAGAUCUCCUUAUCUUUGUUCUCUCUACAGCAGCACCCUACCUUUGAUCUUCCAAAUUUAGUCAGUUCACAGACACAAAGGCAGAGACGCUCCUAUAGCAGGGGGAAGUAUCCAAAGCCUCGAAACCAUGUUUUUACCAAAGUGGUAAUACCAAAGAAGCAUAUGAAUCUCUUAACAUGUGCUCCAAAACAUAUUUUAUGGUCUGAAACUUUGUUACCAAGGAUAGGAACCAUAUAAGGUACAUAAGUGAUGCAUCCCAGGACAUAAACUCACUGUCUUAAGCCUAGCUUGAUUUUUGUUAAUAAUCAGAGAGUGAAUGAGCAGUUAUCCCUGUGGUCACAUUUAUCGGAAAACUGCAUGAUCUUAAUGCAUGACUGAGACUCUACUUGUUGGAGGCGAAACUUUAAGACAGAAUUAUCUUCUAUUGAGUCAAAUACCUAUUUUGUAGGAGUGGGAGAAGUAAUUAACUAACAUAGCAAAUCUUGUAUCUUCUGCAGUAUUCAAUCAUGUAACUCCAAAGAUGUGGUUUCCCUUAGAGACAAGACUAUCAUCUCCUUCUCCUUUUCUUCAAGGGUACCCAGUAGACAUGCGUAUCACUCUCAGAUUUUAUAAAAAUGAGAAUGUUUACCCUUCCUCCCCCAAAAUGAGAAUGUAGUCAUAUGGAUUAGUAGCUUUGACAGACUCUCAAUCACCUUUUUUGGGUAAUAAUAUCCAUAAUUUCCCCUGUUUUGUACCUUCCCCUCACUUGGAUAUCUUAUAAAAUGAUCCUCCGAUUGA